AUGUCCGUCCCCUUCCAAGCCCUCCACAACUUCCGCGACGUCGGCACAUCCAUCAACAGCCAUGACAGGAAACGAAUCAUGAAACCACACAUGCUCUACCGCUCUGCCCGCCCUGACGACGCAACCGCGGUCGAUCGCGAGCGAUUGAUGAACGAGUAUGGCAUCCGCACCGUCAUAGACCUGCGCACAAACUCGGAGCAUAUCAAGCAGGCGCGGCAGCGCGCAACACCCGUGGUGCCGCUGGAGGGCGCGCAGACGGUGCGGAUUAAUUUCAUUGGCAGGCGGUUUGAGGUUGCGUUGUUGAAGCGGCUGGGGUGGUGGGAUUUGGUCUGCUUCCUCGUCCUCUUUAUCCUCCGAUUCCGCCUUACCGCCAUCUCCCUCCUCGGGCGCAAGGUCCUGCGCCCCCGCGGCCUCCCUGGCCUCUGCCACGACUCGCUCCUCCACUGCCAGUCCGAGAUCCGCGAAACACUGACAAUCCUCAGCGACCCGUCCUCCUACCCCGUCCUCAUGCACUGCACGCAGGGCAAAGACCGCACGGGUCUCAUCGCAAUGCUGGUCCUCCUGCUGCUCGACGCGUCGGUGCCCGCUGUGCAGCGGGAGUACGAGGAGUCGUGGGAGGGACUGGAGGGCGUGCGGGAGAGCAUGGUGAGGGAGAUGUUGGAGGUGGGGCUGGGGAGCGAGUUUGCGGGGACGCCGGAGGGGCUAGUGGGGGAGGUGGAGGCGCUGUUGAAGGAGGGGUGGGGGGGCGUGGAGGGAUAUUUGGAGAGCGUGGGGGUGGAUGUGGUGGGGUUGAGAGGGGUGUUGGCGGGGUAG